GGGGAGGGAGGCGCAGAGGAGCGGAGAAGGAGGCGCAGAGGAGUGCGCCAUCAGCUGCUGAAAGCUGCGGAGUGUGAGGCGGCAGAUAGAGAGGAGACCGUCGGUGGAGGGUGAGGAGAGACCCGUGCUGGCCGUGAAGAUGGGUGCGACUCCCCCCAGCUGAGCCCCAGCCGGCGCCAUCGCACCAGCAACCUUCCCUUCAUCAGCUGAUCCUGGAGAGCUCGCGCCCCGCGGAUGCCUCUCAUCUGUCACCGGCACCAUGCUCCACCGUAACCUGCGAACAGGUGGAUAUGACCUGCCGGGGGUGGAGUCCAGCGACAUCCCCCUCAUCGGCUACAGACCCUUAUCACCUGACAGAGGAGCCCCCAUCAGUCAGUCAGGAGGGAGGGGCGCCGGCGAUGAUGUGGACACGUCACAGGCUGAGCCCUCACCGAUGAAGACUACCUGGUACUGUCCCCUGGACUUGUCCACUGUGGUGGAGGAGGAGGAGGAUGGAGUGAUCUUCACCGUCGUGGUCAAACAGCAUCAUGUGGCUCCCAACAGUUCCCUGUCGACCAUGUCUCGCUCCCAGUGCGUAAAGGCGGGGACAGAAGAGAAGCUGGUGCUCCACCUCCUCCACUCGUUUUCCAUGGGAGACUCCUCCUUCGUCUCCAUCUUCCUCUCUACCUAUCGAUCCUUCACCUCCACCGAGAGAGUGCUGGACAUCCUGAUUGACAGAUUAGAGAACCCGCCUGGGGACAGUGAAAAAAGCCAGACGAGACAAUCCUUCAACAAAGCGGUGUGCACCGUGUUCAGCACCUGGCUGACCGAGUAUCCCGAGGACUUUAAGGGUCUCCGGGAUCCGAGCCGCCUGCUGCGUUUGGCCCCCCUCCUCCCCCACGACUCCACGUCUGCAGCGGACCUCCGCGCUCGCCUCCUCAGGGCGGCGGAGGAGCUCAGUGAGAAAGCUCUGCUCCCUGACGCCCACAGAGAGCAGACCAGUUUCCCCAGCUCCUCUCCUGACCCCUCCAGGUUUGAACCCACCAACAUCCUGGGAUUUUCUGCCGCUCUCAUCGCAGAGCAGCUCACUAAGAUAGAAACGGAGCUGUUUGUCCAUCUGGUCCCGUACCACUGCCUCGGCUCGCUGUGGUCUCAGAGGGACAAGAAGGGAAGGGAAGGGGUUUGUUGGUCCGUCCGGGCCACCGUACGGCAGUUCAACAAGCUGGCCAACGCCGUUUUAGCGUCGUGCCUUUGGCCAACGAAGCUGCGCAGCCAGCAGAGAGCACGGCUGCUGGAGAAGUGGAUCAGCGUGGCAGAGGAGUGCCGAGCCAGGAAGAACUUCUCGUCUCUGUAUUCCAUCGUGUCGGCGCUGCAGAGCAACCCCAUCCACAGGCUGAGGAGGACGUGGCAGGAAACCGACAGGGAGGCCUUGAGGAGGUACGAGGAUCUGGCAGAAAUCUUCUCAGACAAGGACAACUACUCUCACAGCAGAGAACUGCUGAAGGAGGAGGGCACCUCAAAGUUUGCCAACCUUGACAACAGGCUGAACAACAAACAUUCCAACAGGUCCAACGCUCAGGGCACCGUGCCCUAUCUGGGACUCUUCCUCACAGACCUCACCAUGCUGGACACGGCGGUCAAAGACAGGCUGGAUAACGGCUACAUCAACUUUGACAAAAGGAGAAGGGAGUUUGAGGUUUUAGCUCAAAUCCGGCUCCUGCAGUCUUCCUGCAAAAACUGUAUUUUCACAGCUGAUGAGGCCUUCUUACAGUGGUAUCACAGCGUGCCCACACUCACAGAGGAGCAGAGCUACAGACUGUCCAAUGAAAUCGAAGCUCCAGGUGAGCCGAGUCCUCGUGGCCUUCCUCCGACCGUCAUCAUCACCCAGUGCCCAAAUCUGAGUGCCUCCCGGAGCAGCCUGGCUACCGACAGCGACAGUCUGUUUUACUUUCAUUCACCCGUCAACAACUUUCUCUCCAAACUCACUAAACACAUGAGGUCUCCGUCUGUCUCCUGCCUUGAUGUGGACACGUCCCCUCCGACUAACGAGUCCACCCCCGCCUCGCUGACUCCAUCCACCCCCACAAAAUCCCACCGCCGGUCGGCGUCGUGCGGCAACAACCCCCAGAGCAACAUCCAGGGGUCGGGGCCCGACAUACGGAUCAUCAGAAUACGGAUGGACCUGCACGAUGGAAACCUGUAUCGAAGCAUACUGGUCACGAGCAACGAUAAGACCCCCGCUGUGAUCAGCUCGGCCUUGGAAAAGCACAAUCAGGACCCCAAACAGGCAUCCAGAUAUGAGCUCAUCCAACUUCUGCCUGAAGGAAAAGAGCUGGUCAUUCCUGCAACAGGAAACGUGUUUUACGCCAUGACAUCAGCCAGCGUCGACUUCCUGUUGAGAAGGAAAGGCGGAAACGCCGUGCUUGGCCCGCAGCCAAUCAGCACGGAGACGAGCGCCACUUUUCCUCGAAUCAAGGCCAAAGGAAGGAGACUGGUCCGGACUUUAUUUUGACACGAACGUGGUCCUUCGUAGCAGUUACUUUAUUUUAUCUGGACGUAUGUG